AUGUUGACUAAACCAGAUGCACACACUAGGAGUAUUAUAUCACGCGACCAACUUCUAAUCUUCGAUCCAGGUGAAGACGAAAACGUUUGGCCCAAUAAAACUGUCCGUUUGCCAGGGAAUUGGGAACAUUGGUCGCAUUGCAAUCCAAGUUGUGGUUUGGGUCAUGUGACUCGUCGAAGACUUUGCUCUGCUAAACCUGCAGUUGUUCUGGCAAACAUCAAUAAGACUUUAGGCAGUUGGAACGAAACUAGAUUGUGCUCCAAUAGACGGCCUUGCUCAGUCAUGCCUCCGUCUAACGUCACUGCUCACAAUACGAGCUCAACAUCGUUAAUUGUUUCGUGGAGUCGACUACUCCCAGAAUACAAUGUCAGCUAUCAAGUAACUUUAGAAACAAAAUAUAAUUCAAUCAUUUCCAAUGUGACCGCGUCUUGGGUAGAAUUCACUGGACUUAAAAAAUAUACCACGUUCUGCGCACGCAUAGUGACGGUCAUUAUGAAUUUGAGGAGCAAUGCCAGUAGUUGUAUAUAUGUGACCACCGACGAAGAUGAGCCGACUGAUUGUCCUUGUCCAAAGAGGUUCGAUAUUCGGUUGUUGGUAAAACCACCUUAUGUGAUACCAAGAUACAAUCUUACACCCUCCGGUCUCAUCGUCAAAUCACUGACACGCCUCAUUAAAAACGUUUGUCAUGAUAGCUCAUGUAUACCGUAUAAAGUCAAGUACGAAUAUUGUAAUCGAUCAAAAUUGCUGCAAGAACGCGCAGACUUUUUACUUCCAAGCAGCGACGAUGAUUCUCCCCUUGGUUUCACUUAUUUACCACUUAUUAAGGUACCUGGGUUUGUUCUCUUUCGAAAGGAAAAGUCGGCCAUGRUGUACGCACAGACAUUAGCUUGGUCCGUGUUCCAGUGUUGGCCGUUAUUAGCUAUCAACAUUUCUAUGGCUUUGUUGGCGGGAAUUCUAAUAUGGCUUGUGGACUCCUCUCAGAAUCAAGCCCACUUUCCUGUAUCGUUUGUUAAGGGCGUUCAGGAAUCAUUCUGGUGGUCUUUUGUUACUAUGACAACUAUCGGGUAUGGUGAUCGGGUUCCAAAGUCRUGUGCUGGACGAGUUCUUACAGUAGUUUGGUCCUUGAUUGGAAUCGUUCUCAUCUCGCUAUUAACAAGCGCCUUAACGACAUCUUUGAUAGUAACAGUUGUAAUGGAAAAUGUCAUCGUUGAUGCAGGAUUAAGGGUUGCAGCACUGGACGGCUCUUAUGAGCAAAGAAAAGCUWAUCAAAUAUCUGUCAACAAAUAUCCAGCAUUAUCAUACAGCAACAUGCAGUCCCUGCACAAAGCGUUUGUACUCGGCGACAUUGAUGCAGUUCUCGUUGACCUUCAUACUGCUUGGUAUUACAGACAUUUAUUCAACAAAUCCAGGAAAAARAUGAUCAAUCAAGAGUUUACCUAUGGAGUUUUAGUUGGUGGCAAAGCUAAGUCAUUUGUACAACUUUUGAAAACUAGUGCAUUGACUGAAGACAUGAAUGCWAUGGGAUUUUUUAAGGAGAUGGAUAGUGACCACACAUUGCAGAGAGGUGCAUUAAUGGAGUCAGUCGGACGUCAAAUUGACUUUCUUGAUCCAGAGAACGACUUGUAUUAUCUCGUAAUGUCAUUGCUGUCAGGUCUACUUGUCGUGCUYGUUGUGAUUGGUUUUUGGGCUUCYAACAAAAUCUGUAAGACAUCCUCAUCAGUGCAAGCAGAACGACUUGUUUCACUACAUGGUUACACUUCAACACUGAGAAAAAUGGUAGACGUCUUUCACCAAGACUUUAUCAAUACAUAUCAUGAUUUGAAAAUACGACACCAAGACGAGAUGCGCACGUUAAUUCUACUGAAGAAGACAAACAUUGAUUUAACAUGACUAUAUAUAUUAGCUCAUUCCGUAUCAAAUGACGCGAACCAUGUUGAUCAGGUACGUUUGUAACUGUAAAGGGCUAUGUCGAUUUAAUCAAUAAACGCCGUCCUUCUAUGCAUUGGUGGAACUCAACUUAAUGGUAGCUAAUCAAACAAUAGAAAACAAUAGGCGUGGUUUUACAUUGUUUAGUGGAAUGAGUAAAUUCAAUGGAUAAAAUAAAUUCAAAAGUCAACCGAC